AUGGUCCAGUGUAAUAACCAAAGCACGCCUCCGCCUGUGACGGUCUUUGUCUUGCUGGGGUUCCCAGCCCUGCAGGAGGCCCCUCUCCCGCUCUUCUUCAUCUUCCUGGCCCUCUACACUCUCAUCGUGCUGGGCAAUGUGGUGAUCCUAGUGGCGGUGGUUGGGGAUCCCCGGCUACACAAGCCCAUGUACUUCUUCCUGUGCAACCUCUCGGCCCUGGACAUUCUCUUCACCACCACCACGGUGCCCAAGAUGCUGGCCAUGUUCCUCUUCCAGCACAAUGCCAUCUCCUUUGCCGGCUGCUUCCUGCAGAUGUACAGUUUCCACACUCUCACGGUCAUGGAGUCCUUCAUCCUGGUGGUCAUGGCCUAUGACCGCUACGAGGCCAUCUGCCACCCACUGCACUACCCCAGCCGCAUGACCCCGCAGGCCAACGCCAGCCUGGCAGCGGGUGCCUGGACCAUGGCCCUGAUCAUCCCCGCCCCGGUGAUAGUAGAGACGGCGCAGCUGGAGUACACGGCCAGGGCCCUGGUGGAGCACUGCUUCUGCGACCACCUCGCCGUGGUGAGGGCUGCCUGCCAGGAUGCCGGGAGCAAGCAGCAGACCUUCAUCGGCUUCUGCAUUGCCAUGACUGUCUCCUUGGUGCCCCUGCUCCUGGUGCUCUUCUCCUACGGGCGCAUCCUGGUCUCCGUUGUAAAGAUCGCCUCCCAGGAAGGCCGGACCAAGGCCUUUUCCACAUGCACAUCUCACCUGCUGGUGGUCGGUACUUACUACUCCUCCAUUGCUGUGGCCUACGUGUCCUAUAGGAUGGAAAUGGCCAUUGACCUUCAUGUGCUCAGCAACGUCAUUUUUGCCAUCUUGACCCCCAUGUUGAACCCUCUCAUCUAUACGCUGAGGAACAAGGAUGUAAAGGAAGCCAUUAAGACAGUCUCUCUAAAAGUAUUUCUUCUUUUGAAAAACUUUUAG